CCCACGUGAAAGUUGUGACCGCCUAGUAAAAAUAUCAGUAACGGUGACGGCAAAAUAAAAGUAUCUAUAGAUGUAUACACCAAGCAUUCGUCAUGAGCCACUCAAUUCAAACUCUUUACUAGGAGUACUUUCAACAAUGGCCUCUUCUUCUUCUUUGAACAAGUUUGUGUUCUUAUUCUUAGCUGUUCUUCUGUUCACAUUCUCAGACAACUUUGUGGCUGGAGAUGAAUCUGACAAAGUGAAACUCGACCUUUACUACGAAUCACUUUGUCCCUACUGUCAGAAAUUCAUAGUCGAUGAGAUAGUGAAAAUCUUUAACUCCAACCUCCACACAAUCACCAAUCUAAAGCUCGUUCCGUUCGGUAACGCUCGUGUCUCCGAUGAUAUGACUGUUACUUGCCAGCAUGGUGAAGAGGAAUGCAAAUUAAACGCCAUUGAAGCUUGCGCCAUAAGAACUUGGCCCGAUCCGAAAAUGCACUACUGGUUCAUAAGGUGCGUUGAAAAGAACACUAAAAAAUGGGAAUCAUCAUGUGUUAAGAAAUAUGGAGGUGCUAAAGCCAUCAAAGAUUGUUACUCCGGUGAUCUCUCUAGAAAUCUCAUAAUGGAGUAUGCAAACCAGACUUUUGGUUUGAAGCCGAAACAUGAAUAUGUACCAUGGGUCACAGUCAACGGCGAACCACUCUAUGACAAUAUGGAUGAUUUUGUGGCUCAAGUGUGCAAAGCAUACAAAGGAAAGUCCUCUCUCCCAAAACUCUGCAAUUCCUCAGCCUCGCCCGGGAAGAAAGUCUGGAAGCUUCAAGUCUCCUAUGCCGAUGAAGCUGUCAAUGAUAAAGCAAAGUACCUAUGGAACUAAGAUGGGUUUAAUAAGGUUAUGUUAUAAGUGGAGCAAUACAUAAAUACCAUUUUCUAAACUUAUUAUGUUUACGCGUUAAUGAUUUAACAUUAAUGAUAUUAAGAUUUAACCAAAAAACACCUAAAUUAAUCUCGAAGCUUAUAAACUUUAAGCGUUAAAUAAACUAGAUGAGUAUCCGCGCGAUGCGCGGAUUUUUUUUUACAAUAUAAUUUAUUAAAAAAUACAAUUUAUUUUAUCGUAUAUUUAAAAAAAAUAAAGGAUAUUGUAAAUUUGAAUAAAGA